CACUUUCACACUUUGUAUUUUAAAGAGUAAAUAAACAGCAACAAAUGUUUGUUGUGUGCUUUUUAAUCUAUUCAAUCUUUGAUAGUAAGUAUGCAUCUUUUUUUCAAACUUAUAAGUAUCCUACACUUAUGAAAAAUAUUGUCUUUCUCCAAAUGUUUGGAUGUUUGAUAUUAGUUUUGACAAUAGGUUUGGAGGUGAUACCCCAUCAAUGCCCCAGCUGCAACGGACGCAAGCACACCUCACAAUUUCCCCAGAAAUCAUAAAAAUCAUGGCUUUAAAGUUUUCUUAUCAGAAUUCAGUCAUGAAGCCUAAAUGUUCUUAGUUUCAUUUGGACACAUUUGACAUAAUGAAUAAUUGUAACUGUAAAAUCCCGACUUUUCACAUUUCAAGUAUUCUAAACUUUCAAGUUAUUGUCUGAAGUUGGGAGAGGGUAGGCAGGUUCAUUUAGGGCCAAACGAUAUCCAAUGAAAAGGCAGUUUCCCUGACGACGCUGCCAAAUGCUACCGUUCGACACGCCCCCAGCAUGGAUACAGUCGGCAAGAACUGGUCCUCAGUAGACGGUGACUAUGCUGGCGAGAAUAUAGCAGCCGCAAUGGGAGUUACAUGCAAGUUUUCCGGUUUAUUAUUAGCUGCAGAAUUUCGUUAAAUAGAGAUCCUCUUGUUUUGUUUGUAUACAUUUUUGUUUUUAACGUUUCCCAGUGAAAUGUUGAUAUUGUUAGAAAGCCGGUAAGAUCCCAUAGUCCUCUUAUGAGAGCAACCGAAUCAGCAUCACACAAAGGGAACCACGGAACAAGUUCUUAUAACAGGCCGACACAUUUUCUUUUUGAAUGUCUUAAAAGAAUAGGGACUGUUUCUAUUACGGAAUGGAUCACUUUGCAGCGGAGUGCCUUGUUUCCAUGUCCAGUCGUGCAAUUGUCCACGGCCCUAAAGGGGAUAGAGAGAUAAAACCAGAAACUGCGACUGCUCCCAGGAACGGAGAGGAGAUUAAAGAACCUUUGGUAAAAGACAAUUCCUCUCUCUUUGUGGUGGCUAGGAUUUUGGCGGAUUUCAACCAGCAAACCCCCAACAAUUUUGCCUAUCAGGCAAAAAUAAAGGAGGAAAGCCUAGCGCCACCGAAUAUAACGAAAGAUGAUGGAAACUCUGCCACACCUACCACCAUCUCCGACCCUAUGCUCAAACAAAGAGGCAAACGAUUGAGAGGUCGAAUUGAGCACGAAUCACCCCAGAAAAAGCACAAAUGCCACUAUUCAGGGUGUGAAAAAGUUUAUGGGAAAUCAUCCCACCUCAAAGCUCACCUAAGGACACAUACAGGUGAGCGUCCUUUCCCCUGCACCUGGCCAGACUGCAGCAAGAAGUUUGCCCGUUCGGAUGAACUGGCACGCCACUACCGCACGCAUACGGGGGAAAAGAAAUUUGGCUGCCCACUCUGCGACAAGCGCUUCAUGCGCAGUGACCAUUUGAUGAAACAUGCUCGCCGUCACACGAAUUUCCAGCCUGGCAUGCUGAAAAGGUCUCAUGGAGGGGCUGGUAGCAGCGCCAUGCGUCCUGGAUCGCUUAGCGACUACAGCCGCUCCAAUGCCUCCAGCCCCACCCUCAGUCCCACCCUCAGCCCAGCCAACUCGCCUUAAACCCAGACGCACUUUCCGCCUCCUGCUCCCGAGACCUUCUUCUCCUCAUAGCACCCGUGUUGCACAGUCGUUAACAAUGCCCCUUUGCUAAUCCCGCUCUUGCUGUGGUGUACCAAAAUGUACAUAGCUGCUUGUUGUAGUGCAAUUCCUUGUUUUAUCCUAAGGUAAUGCCUUUCCCAGAUGGCAAUAUUCACAUCCUGUACAAUAUGUCUGUAUUUUUCUAGCUACUGUCCAUGGCAAGUUGUCCCUUGUGUUGUAUUUCUCUUUUUCAUCUAAGGUUUAGAAGAACAGAAAUGUAAAAAACAGACUGACAAGUCGAUUGAAUCAUUUUAGAAGAAACGGGUGAUGGGAAGAGGUAUACACAUACACCUCAGGACUCAAGAUAGUUGCUUUUUCUAAGUACUCACCUUGACUGCACAAUACAAGCAUCACUUUACUCUGAAAUUCAACAGAGGUUGAAUUUUGCGCCCUGCUCAGGGAUGGCCUCGUUAGCUUGCAAGAAUGAACACGAUGAAGAGAAACAUACAUUAAGCAGCCUUACACUCAACAAGAUUUGCACUCUUUCCUUUAGUUAUUCACCUUUAGGAGAACUAGGUUCAGUCUCAAAGUCAUUAUAACUGUGUGUUUCUUGCCUUUCUGUAGAAAGAUAUAGUUAAAAUGGUGAGGAUGGAACUCAGAUGAAAUUGUGUUGUGAGAAUGGAAAAGACGUGUGCUUAAUAUCUCCUGCAAACAAGAAUAUCCCCUGGUUCUUUAGCUCUGUGUUCUGCCUUUUGAACUGAUUUGAUUUCUAAAGGUUCAAAUCAAAUGGACAAAUGUCAUGCAUAAUUGAUGUCAACCAGCAAUGAGAAGAUAACAGUGAGUGCUGGAACACUCACAUUCAAAAAUACAUCUACGCCUCCCUCCUACACACACACACACAAAUGAGAAAAUCUAGUUUCAAAGCAACUGUUUCUUUAAAAAGCACUGUGCAGUGAUCAACACUAAUAUUUCACGCAAUAAUACAGAGAAAGGGACUCAUACUGCACAUGAAAGGAAUUGCAGCCCUUACACAAGCGCAUGGAGAAAUCACUAGAGACAGGAGUGAAAGAGGGUUAUAUUCUCAGCCAGUCUUUACUAGGCCUAAGCGUGGCUGUUGGCAAUCUCUCAGGUAGAACCAGACACCCUGCCCACUUCCCCUCUUACCACUGCCUGGUGUUUGCCCCUCCACAGAGGAAACGUCUGCAUCCCACAAGCAGCUAUUCAUAGCCCACAGGAGAAGUGGCAAAAUGCCAUUCCUUUGGAGUCCUCCUUGCCUGGCUGGCUCUACCUGCCUAUCAGUUGAGGCAGAGAAAGUGAGAACAGCGCAGAGCCCACAGCACUCAAACCACAAGGAGGCCCCUAACCUGACCACCAGCGGAUAAAUGUAGGCCAGGAUGUUACAGAGCAUGCCGGGUCAGGUCAAAGCAGGGAUGGGUUUUGGCCAGUGAGGAACACCAGAUCAGUAUUACAAAACGGCAGCUGUAAGAGGCAAAAGGCUGGCCAGGUUCAGAGGUCCCCUGAUAAAGAGAGAAGGUUUGUCACAGGCUUAUCAGUCCAACAGAUGAGACAGUCAGAAUGCCCAUCUCCUGUAGAAGGAGAAAAAGAGCUGAGAAAAUAAUAUGACCUAAACAUUAUCCAGCUUUAUCCUGAGCAUAGAGUACUUCCCAAAACACUGUGAGGAGACAUAUUUGAAGUGCACACAGACCAAAUACAACGCUUCUGUAACUGUAGAGCUUUGAAACAGUUGCUUUCAAACUUUACUCUGAACCAGUGCAACCAAAAUGACAGCAUAGCAGACAUGAUUAAGUGCUCUGAUGUUCCUUGAGAAAGCUGACUUGUGUUCACAGGCACAGACAUGCAUCCCUAAUUCAGGAUAAAGGCACUGUUGAUCUUCCUGAAAAAGGUUAACAAUGUCCAAACUCUGUCAGUCCAUGUACUACACAUGUUCUUUUGAUGCUGAAUCACCAGGGUAUAGAAUGAUCUCAUCCUACUCCCUUUAACGUGCCUAGAAUUCUACUCAUCUCUCAUGUGACCAUUCAAAAUGCAGUACCCUUGUCCUAUAUCCCCCAUCCCUUUGUCAUAUAUGCUCCCUAAGCCCUUAUUUUCUCUGCAAAUUAGACCUAGCAGACUGGUAGCCAGACUGGUAUAUGGGUAUAACGUUUUUCAGCCAAAGAAGCAAGUGUAGGACUCUGAACAGCAGCCCUUGUCCCUGGGUGUCCCUAUUCUGUCACUCCAGUCUCUGAAGAAAGGCACACAUAAUAUCCCGUUCUAUAUCAUCCUUCAGAAAGAAAACAUCCCUUAUUUAGAUCAAAUUAAUGGGUAUGUUCAAUGGGCCACUCACUUGAAGAUUAAUCUAAAUAGUUUCCAAGCUGCAAGAUGACACUUUGAAUGCCAUUGUUCUACUGCAAGCUCCCAUUGAAAUACUAUGUGAGCAGGCAUGUCUCAUUCUAGUUAUCUGUCUCAGUUCCAAAUCCAUUGUGCAAGUUUCUGCAUAUUUUUCCCAUCACACAAUUUUUUUUUACCUGCUAUUUAAUUACCUUGGUUUGUAGCACAAUUAUUUCAAUAUAUUGAAUUCCUGUGAUGCAUUUUAAAGUGAACAUUUUACUGUUGUCUAGAAGGUCUUAAAUUAUAAUGUACAGCACAUACAGAGAAAGAAACAAAUCCUAUUGUUAUGAGACUGUCACUUCCUUGUCGAACAGGGUACAUGAAUCAUUUCUUAAUCCUAAUCUGCACAUUUACCUCAGGGUCAAAGUCAGCAGGGCAAAUUUGGACUGUUUGCCUAUUUUAAACAGUUAUUAAUCAGUGCACGGAUACAGCAUCUAUCAGCCUUUCUGGUGCUCUUGAGUGUUUAAUCAUCACUGCUGGUCAGUGGUUAACAAACACUGGUGACACAAAGACCUCAGAGCAGACCAAGCCCUUUCCUGUUUGCUUGUACCUUCGGUACCUACAAAACCCAGUCUGUCUAAAAGACACUGGUGCAAUGGAGAUGUUCCCUGUGGAACGCCCCUUUGAAAUACCUUCCGUCCUAUAGUGUCAAUGGAUUUAUACAGAGCUCCUAUUAUACUGAGAUCAAAUACAAGAUGGUGGUAAAUCCCGUCUGUCCAUCUUUGCGCAUUAUCAUUGACAUGCACAGGCAACUGUAGAUUUAUGGACGUUGUGUUUUAGACAAGUUUCUUUUGUUUUCACUGUACUAAAACUACUUGAAAUGAAAUAUGAGAGGCCAUCGAACACAUACAUGUCCAGUUUUACUGUACUUGCUUUGUCAACAGAACAACAUUCAUAUUCAUUCUACAGAAUUAGGUUUAUAGACCACGGGUGUAGCCAGAAAUAUAUUUUUGGGUAGGCCUAGAACAAAACGGAUAGGCAUCUUUUCAUUUUUUUUUUUUUUACUUAUUUACUUUGCGAUGUGCACCCGGUGCAUAAUUCUUCGGAGAUAUUUUCGUUUCGUUUCUGUAUUUUGUUGUAUUUUCCUUUUUUUUGUUCAAGUUUCAUUUAAAUAUUAUUUUAACCAUUGAUUUGAGAGUGUCACGGCAUUAUGUUAUUGUAGCUCUUUUGCUAUGCUGUCAGUUUUUUUCCUUACUUUUCAUACAAGGCACCCUUUUUUCAAAUACACUGAAUGCUCCAUGAUGGUAUCUGGACGAAGUGUUUUACUUGUCCUAGGAUAUAUAGAAAAGAGGAGUAAGGGGAGGGGUUGGCAAAGCAGGGCCUGAAGAUAAAAAAGGGAAAUCUUUCGACCUCUAAAUCAUCUUAGAGAAGUGUGGAAGUAAUGUUCUCAUAUUUACUGUACUUAAAAGUGUUUCAUAACCAUCGAGACCACAACAUUGUGAGUUAGUCAUGUAGUUGUUUGUCAUUUUAAUUUCAAUAUCUGUGAUGCUUGAUGUUUUAUUUAGUUUAUCCAAAAUGCAUACCUGUCUUUAAAAGAUGAGUUACUCUAGCCUAAGAAGUAAUUUGACUACAUAUCUUUUUCAUUCAUCCAAUGAAUUGGCUAAUGUUAACUCCUUUAACUUAAUUGUUGGUUUAUUUGUCUUUGUAAACUAACGCUUCAUUUUAACUUAUCUACAACAGAGGAUUUGUGUAUUUUGUGGGGUAGCCUAUGUACAGAAUACAAUAUUUAAAAAAAAUCAUACAUCAGACAUAAACUCAAUCACCUGUUGGACGGUGUCAUGACUCAUGAUCGGUGCUUGAUCACAAGUUAAACCAUGAUAGAUGCUACUGUAUGCCAAAUGCAUAGUGGUAAUUCCAUGAAAGUGCUAUACAACUUCAAGGAUGCAAAAUACAAACUAAAAUGACUUAGUGUACAGUUUUGUAAGUGUGAUGUUUUUAUGUUUGUACAGGAUUGGAUGAAACGAC